AUAGAUAAAAUAAACUUUUAAUAACUUUGUGUCGUUAUAAGUGUAAUUAAUUGAAGAAAUGUGUUAAUAAUAAGUGUAAAGGAAUAAUAAUAUAAGUUAUAGUGAAUGAGAUAUUUGUUGAAGGAUUUACAACAUUUUGACAGUUUGGUGAAUCCUUGAUUUGAACUCAACAAAAAUGUUAUAAAAUCACAAUUUUGUGUAAUAAUGCUGAUUUAAACAAUAUGUGGUUGAAAAAAGUGUAUACAUAAACACCCCAAUACAAGAACUACUGUGCAAAAAUUCGUCAACCCAACAAAUCUAUUUUUUUUCUACCAUAACCUCAAAUUGUCUUCACCAACACAAUCAAAACAAUAUCUCACAAAGACUCCAAUGUCAACUGAUAACAUUUGCAGAUAAAUAAACAUAAACAUCAGCAUAUUCUGUACUUUUAGAAUAUCCAUUACUCAUCUCAAAUAACAUCAAACGUAUUUCCUUUCAAUCUAAAAAGAACACUCGAAGAAGGCACAUGUAAAAAUGUUGAAACUAAUUGUGUUUUUUGUAUUUUUAAGUGGAUUUGUUAAUGGACUCAGGUGGAAUGUUUUCAAAGCUGGAGGCAGUUUGGGGAGCCCCCAUUUGAGGAGACAUCAUAAACAUUUGCCACCCGAGCAAUGGUUCGAACAGAAUUUGGAUCAUUUUAAUCCGAUUGAGAAUGGGACGUGGAAACAGAGAUAUUUUACAAACGACCAGUUCUACAAACCAGGAGGUCCAGUUUUCCUGAUGAUCGGUGGAGAAGGACCCAUUACCAAUAAAUGGAUGGUCGAAGGACAAUGGAUCGAAUAUGCAAAACAAUUUAAUGCCUUAUGCUUUCAAUUAGAGCAUCGAUAUUAUGGAAAAAGCCAUCCUACAAGUGACCUCGGUACAAAAAAUCUUAUAUAUCUGAAUAGUGAGCAAGCUUUAGCUGAUUUAGCGUUCUUCAUUCAGACCAUGAAUGAAAAAUAUGGAUUUUCAGAUGUACCUAAGUGGAUUGUUUUUGGAGGAUCUUAUCCGGGUUCUUUGGCUGCUUGGGUUCGGGAAAAGUAUCCCCAUUUGGUACAUGGGGCUGUUUCUUCGAGUGCUCCUUUAUUGGCUGCUGUCGAUUUCAGAGAAUACUUUAUGGUAGUAAAAGAUGCCCUAGCCACUCACAGUGAUAAAUGUGUGGAGGCUGUCAAAAAUGGAACGAAACAAUUGGAGAUUUUAAUGAAACACAUGAUAGGAAUGAGAUCUUUGGACGAAAAAUUCAGGCUGUGUGACCCCAUAGAAAGAAAUGUAGACAAUGCUUUAGACAAUAGCAAUAUAUUUGAAACUUUAGCAGGAAAUUUUGCUGGUAUCGUUCAGUAUAACAAAGAUAAUAGAAUGAGUAAAGAUGGUACUUCUAAUAUAACUAUUGAUACGCUUUGUGAUAUUAUGGUGAACGAAGCCAUUGGAACACCUUUGGAUCGUCUUGCAGAAGUUAAUUCUUUAAUGUUAAAUGCCACCGAUGAGAAAUGUUUGGAUUACAAAUAUGAUAAUAUGAUUAGUAAAUUGAGAAAUACAUCUUGGGAUAGUGAAAUGGCUGAAGGAGGUCGACAAUGGAUGUACCAAACUUGCACAGAAUUCGGUUUUUAUCAAACAAGUUCACAAAGCGAUGAAGAUAUAUUUGGAAAACAUUUUCCUGUCGACUUUUUUAUUCAACAGUGCAAAGAUAUUUUUGGAUCGAGAUACUCAAUGGACAAUUUAGAGAAAGCAGUGGAGCGCACAAAUAUAAUAUACGGAGCCCUAAAUAUUCCUACAACCAGAAUUGUAUUCGUGCAUGGUUCCAUCGAUCCUUGGCAUGCACUCGGAAUCACAAAGUCGAUGAGGAAGGAAAGUCCUGCUGUUUAUAUCAAAGGUACUGCACAUUGUGCAAAUAUGUAUCCAGCAAGGGAUUCCGAUUUGCCUCAAUUGAAUCGAGCGAGACAGUUUGUAGGGCAGUUGAUCAAAAAGUGGUUAAAAGAUGAUUCAUAAGUUUAGAUUUGUUUGUUUUUAAAAGUAGUUUUUAAUAGUGAUGUGUAACAAGUGCAAUUGUUAUGAAGAACAAG